GGUUGUGGAGAAUUACAUUCGGGUUGAGAAGUUGCACAGUCUGCUCCAACAGAUAAUUAUUUACUUUCUUUAGCAUGAGAAAUACAGCGAAGUCUUUGUUUGAAAAGGGAUUGGUUUCUUGUAGUUCGUCGUUGAUUUUCUUCAAUGCCGUCGAACCAGAGCGAGGCCAAGUGCGUCAUAAAUUUGAACACGUUGCCUGACGAUGUCUUGUUGGCCAUUUUACGUUUCUGUGAUACAAAAAGCCUGUCGGUGUUGUCUCGUGUAAGUAGGAAUCUGUAUCGUGUGGCGAAGGAUGAUUCCAUCUGGAGAAGAAUUGCUUUGCAGCGUGUUAAUGUUCAUUCCUCCGACAAAACGGGCCUUCUUAGCUGGAAAGAGCUUUGUAGAGUCUCAUGGAACUGGACACAUGGAUAUUGUAAAGACAGAUUUAUAAUCAGGUUUAAAUGCAACCUUAUGCCGUGGAUUCAACUUGGAAGACAUCAUGAACUCUUUGUUGCCCAAGCUGCUGAUGUUAUCUUGUAUCAGAUAAGAAAACACAAUAAGGGAGGACAUUUUUCAUGGAAACCUUUGAUGACCUUUGGUGGUCACCAGGGUGAUAUCAGUAAGUUUGUGAUUACUGGAGGGCAGUUGUUAACAUGUGGUAUGGACAAGUCAGUCCGCACAUGGAAUCUGGAAACAGGAAUAUGUAAUGGCCUAUACCUUGGGCAUACUGGACAAGUUCACAGUGUGGACUGCUUUAGAGAAGUAAUUGUUUCAGGAUCCAGAGACAAAACCAUCAAGGUUUGUAUGCUAUACAUAUAAUUUGGAAGUAGCACA